AUGCGCCCAGGGCUGGAUAAACCGGGCGCGCUCCCACUCCUCGCGUUGAUUCUCUUCUCGCUGCUGACUCUCGUGCCGUCGCUGUCGAGUAUUUACAAUAUCAAAUUCGCGGACUUUAACCUCUUUGCCAGCGGAGCUCGCCAGAUCCCCUUAAUCCAGGAUGGCGUCGCCCAACUCCCCCCGGACACUCCUCCCAACGAACCUCAAAAGUCUUGGAUUAUGACCGCGCAAUAUCGUACGCGCGGAAGCCGGAUAUCGCGCUCUUCACGACCCGUCACUGUCGCGGCGAUCGUCCCCGGUGAAGUUACUCCAGUCGAUAAUAAAAGUCGACAAUCUUAUGUCGCUCCCGAAGCAUCAUCAUUCAUGUUCGGUCGACGAGCCCGUGCAUUUCGAACGUACUUCAUCCAGCAAUUAGACGACUAUCAAUUGCUCACCCCCUUUUCCAAUCGAAGCCUUCGGGCCGCGCCCACGAACCUCAACCCUCCUCUCACGCCUCCCAAUACCUCCCCCUUACCUACCUCAGUUGAUGAAAACCGCUCCGAAACGAUACCUUCCUAUAAUCAAUCAGCACCCUCAUAUACCCCUUGCAAAGCAAAUUCGGGUCUACCGCUCCCGUCCCAAUGCACCAAGUGGCAGCAGGCCUGCCGCUCGGCAAUUGGCCUUUGGGAAGGCUCAAAGCGCACUCCAUACAUUUCCGGAGUACCACUCUUAAUAAACUUGGGAUCCCAAUACUUGACAUCGAUGUUCAUCCCGCCAAAUGCGACCGCCAAGCAGCCAUCACCAUUGAUGGACCCUCCAACAGGCGUCCAGGCUGCAACGAACGCCAGUCUGGGUCUGCUGGUGCAGACGCCAAAGUCACACACAGCACCGGGUGACCAGACCACAGACGCUGCUGGGCACACAGCAGAAUUGCGGGGCAGCUGCAUGGCGGUGGUGAUUGGCCUCGUAGCAGGAAUCAUGUGGUUCUAA